AUGGCAACCAACGGAACUACGGCUGAAGCCGAUGAGUUCUGGUUGUUCGGAUACGGAAGCCUGAUCUGGAAACCACCACCGCACUUCGAUAGGCGAAUCCCUGGCUGGGUGACGGGCUAUGUUCGGAGAUUUUGGCAGGCAAGUCAAGAUCACCGCGGCACCCCCGAAGCCCCGGGCCGUGUUGUCACCCUGAUAUCGCGCUCUUAUUGGGAGCAGCUGGUCGAUCAUCACGACUCGGCCCCCGACAAAGUGUGGGGCGUAGCCUACCGCAUCAAGGCCGACCGCGUUGCCGAAGUUAAAGAGUACCUGGACAUCCGCGAGAUCAACGGGUACACAAUUCACUACACGCCCUUUUACCCGGCCCCUGGCGUCGACCCGGCCCUGCUGCCGCAGAAUCAUCACCACGACUUCCCCUUUCGGACGCUGGUCUACAUCGGUACUCCCGACAACGAGCAGUUUGUCGGCCCGCAGGACCCACAGAAACUUGCCGAGCACAUCUAUCGCAGCAGCGGGCCGAGCGGUCUAAAUCGUGACUACCUUUGGGGCCUUGAAGCCGCGCUGGGCGAGUUGAGUCCGGAGAGUGGAGACGAACAUGUCACGGACCUGUCGAACCGGGUUCGAGCCAUCGCAGCUCGCGAAGAGAAGAAGGACAGGGGGGAGCGGGAGCAGCAGCACCAUGAGCAGCCCCACAACUUCAGAAAUGCCGGCGACAUAGAUGAGCAAGAAGAGACCGAGAAGACUUCGUGA